AUGGAAAAAGAAAAUGUGUGUGUAGAAAUUGAGAAUCACGACAUUAAGGAAACCAAAGAGAUUUCUCUCAUACCAUAUCCAUCCCAAACGGUAGAUGAACUUUCAAUCACAGUAACAUCUUUGCAAAAGGCAUAUUCUCCUUUAAUGGAUAGAAGCUUUGCCAUUGCAAAAGAUGACGCUCUUUUGAUGCCCCAUUACGAUCAAUUUCCCGUGGUAUGUCCUAACGAAAGCGUCGCAUUGGAAAAUUUCUCGCAAUACAGCAAUCAAACAUUUUGUGUUUGCGAAAAUCUAGAGACACCCAAUACAUGUCAUUGUAUAGACAUGUCAAUGAAAAGUCUCAAAUCAGAUGUCUCGAAUCAACUUCCAAUAGAAACCCCUUACAUGAGGAUAACUCGUGAGGAUAUGGAAAUACAAAUUGACUCUCAAGAAGGAGAAAAGCCUUGCAAGCUGCUCGCUUGCUACUCUGCGAGCGCUGCUUGA